GUCCCCACUGGAAGGCGCCCUCUGCGCAUCUCUUUGUCUCUCUGGCCGCCUCUGCCUCCAUCUCUGUGUGUCUGUGUCUUCGUCCCUGUCUCUGACUCUGCGUUUCGGCUUGGGUGUCUCUCUCCUACCCCCUGUCUCUCUGUGUCCUGUCUGUCUCUGCCUCUCGUGUCUCUCUCUCUGCAGCGCCCUCCCCGUCUCUGCCUCUCUGAGUCCCUAGCUCGCUCACUCUCUUAAUCUGUGUCCCUAUAGCCCCCUGCGUCUCUCUGACUCUCCCUGCAUCUCCCUCCCCUGUCUGUGAAUUUCUCAGCGUCCAUUUCCUGUCCUCUCCCUCCGGUCCCUGGCUCCCUGCCGUGCUUCCUCUGGUCCCGAGUCUCCCCUUCAUCUUCCGCCGGGCCCUCCUCCCUGUGGCCACCUCCUCCUGUAGUCUCGCGGGGCAGGGUGGGCGCCUGGGCGUGCUGCGCGCGCCCUCAUGUGGCCGGCAGGGGCUGCGUGUGAGCGCCGAAAGGGGAGUGCUGGGGAGCGGGGGACGCUGGUGUUCGCGGUGACACUGGGAAAUGGCGUGUGACACCUGGAGGCUGUGUGAGUGUGGACUGCCGGGAGACGGCGCGUGACAUCUGGAGAGUGUUGAAGGUGAGAGAGGCACAGAGUCCCACAAGAGGACAGCAGCGGCAGAGACACAGGGAGAGGGACAAAGAUAGGACUGACAGACAAGAGAGAGGGCCCAGAGAGGCAGCCCCAAGGCGGUGGGGCGGCGGGGAAGGUGGCUCCCGGAGGAGGCGGGUCCGUAGGGCCUGCGCCCCAGGGGAGGGGGCGGGGCGGGCCGGAGGGACCCAGACGCUGCCUCCCAGCCUCUGUCACCGCCACCAGCCCGGCCCAGAGCAGCAACAGCCUCAACUCCUGCGCGUCUUUUAACCCCUUCCCCGCCGCAACCAUGUCCAACAACAUGGCCAAGAUUGCCGAGGCCCGCAAGACGGUGGAACAGCUGAAGCUGGAGGUGAACAUCGACCGCAUGAAGGUGUCCCAGGCAGCAGCGGAACUCCUGGCUUUCUGCGAAACGCAUGCCAAAGAUGACCCGCUGGUGACGCCAGUACCCGCCGCGGAGAACCCCUUCCGCGACAAGCGCCUCUUUUGUGUUCUGCUCUGAACCCUCCAGACAGCUUACCCUCCCCUGCCAAAGUAUGGAUCCAAUAAACUUGGUAACUGUG